CCCGCGCGCCCGUCCUGCGGGCGCCUUUGUUAGAUUCUUGGGCAGCGCCGCCCGCCAGCGCUGGCCUAAAGACGCUGCUCCCGGUGCCCACUUUUGAAGGUUCAGAAACAUUUGCAUCAACCACUGUCGUAACCAGAAGAUUCCAGUGUCCGUGAAAAGCAUCCACAGGAUAAACCUAACACACUUUUGGAAUUGUUGUUGAGUGGUAACUUUAAGACUUUGACCUGAUUGUUGUAAAUCUUUCUAGGAAGAAAAUGAAUCCUUUGAGAUGUGUGGUUUGACUUACUCUUGGUUGCCUGUGCUCCUUUUAGAUGUUUCCAUUCCUGAAAAGCCCAAGCUUAGGUUUGUUGAAAGGGUACCACUUGUGCCAAAAGUGAGAAGAGAGCCUAAAAACCUGAGUGACAUAAGGGGACCUUCCACUGAAGCCACUGAGUUCACUGAAGGCAGUUUUGCGAUCUUGGCACUGGGUGGCGGUUACCUCCAUUGGGGGCAUUUUGAAAUGAUGCGCCUGACAAUCAACCGGUCUAUGGACCCCAAGAACAUGUUUGCCUUAUGGCGAGUACCAGCCCCUUUCAAGCCCAUCACCCGCAAGAGUAUGGGACAGCGCAUGGGGGGCGGCAAAGGUGCCAUCGACCACUACGUGACCCCUGUGAAGGCUGGCCGCCUCAUAGUAGAGAUGGGCGGGCGUUGCGAAUUCCAAGAGGUACGGGGUUUCCUCAACCAGGUUGCCCACAAGUUGCCCUUCCCCGCGAAGGCCGUGAGCCGUGAGACUCUAGAGAAGAUGCGGAAAGAUCAAGAAGAACGAGAACGGAACAACCAAAACCCCUGGACCUUUGAGCGCAUUGUCACUGCCAACAUGCUGGGGUUACGGAAGGUGCUGAGCCCCUACGACCUGACCCAUAAGGGGCGAUACUGGGGCAAGUUCUACAUGCCUGAGCGUGUGUAGUGAGGACUGUAAGCAGGAAACGGACACAGGCUGUUUAUUCCCCUCAGCCAGUCCUUCAAGUCUUUGGGUAGCUCUGAUGUCAUAACCAAGGAGCAGCAUAUGAGUAGAUGCUUUCUGAAAAGCUGUACGUCAUCUGUCAGGUUUUUUAAGUGCACUGUAUUUAUAUUAAAUAAAGUUUGAGCAUCACCUCACGAUGA